GCGCAUGUGCAAACGCUACAUCCGGUGUGGCCGUCGGGUGUGCUAGGAGUUUGGGGAGUGCAGGCCGGGGUACCCAGCUUGUAGUCAUGUCGGCCUCUGUAGUGUCAGUCAUCUCGCGGUUCUUAGAAGAGUACUUGAGCACCACUCCUCAGCGCCUGAAGUUGCUGGACGCGUACCUCCUGUAUAUACUGCUGACCGGGGCGCUGCAGUUCGGUUAUUGUCUCCUCGUGGGGACCUUCCCCUUCAACUCUUUCCUCUCGGGCUUCAUCUCUUGUGUGGGGAGCUUCAUCCUAGCGGUUUGUCUGAGAAUACAGAUCAAUCCACAGAACAAAGCAGAUUUCCAAGGCAUCUCCCCGGAGCGAGCCUUUGCUGACUUUCUCUUUGCCAGCACCAUCCUGCACCUCGUGGUCAUGAACUUCGUUGGCUGAAUCAUUCCCAUUUGCUUAAUUGAGGAGUGGGAGACUAGAAGAAUGUAAGUUCACUUUUUGAUUUCCCCUGGAGAAGAGCUCUUGACAUGGCAGCUUGUUGGACACAUGGAUUUUCUUCAGAUUUAUACUUUCUGAUAUCUCUGAUUUGGUGUGCUUGGUGGAGAGCCAGAGACGUUCCCUUUGCUUCUGUGUCAGAACAACUUUGUAAUGAGCAUUUAUGAACAGACCUCUCCCUCCAUUAAGUGUAACCUUUUUGCCUUCUAAAUUAAACUCCAUUGCACUCCUUUCUAUG